AUGUGCCCGGUGCCUCUGUUGAACCAUGAACUUCGGGGAUGGGUUCAUAGACAUGAGGUAGAAAGGACAAGAUCUAGAAGGCUGUCAAAUAACCAACAGAAAGCACGGGUUGUGCAGAGCUCCCUCACUGAGAAGGCAGAUUCCCAGCUAAUGGCCAUGCCUUAUACAGAAACCAGCAUUAGCAGGCACUCAGGGAAUGAGCUGCAAGUGUAUUAUGCUUCUCCAAGGAGCUACCAAGACUUUUUUGAAGCUAUUCGCAGAAGGGAGGAUACCUUCUACGUGGUGUCAUUUCGUAGAGACCACCUGUUAUUGCCAGCCACUGCACAUAACAAGACCAGAAGACCAAAGAUGUCUAUAGUAUUGCCAGCUGUAAACAUCAAUGGGUCAAGCAAAUAGAAGAUUGCAUUUCCGUCUUUGGGAGCAAGAAGCAGAAUUCCCAAAUAGUCAUUGAAUGAGGAAGAUCUAGUGUUUGUAUGCUCAGAUUUGAAACAACACAUCCCACUUGUGAGCAGAUGACAUUCCUGAAGGCCGAUGC